CAUCACUAGAACUUGUAUGUGACAUCAACAGCAGUGCACAGCUCAAACUGAUGACAUCAUAAAGAUUGCCACACUUCCUCUGAUUUCUGAUUAUUAUAAAUCAUUACAUUCAUGUUGAAUUGACUAACUCAACUCUAAGAGAUACAAAUGACCAAUCGGCAUUUGAGCGUGAAGGAGGAUGAUCUCUAUUCAGGCUACAAUGACUAUAAUCCACUUUUUGACUUCAAGGAGUUGGAAAAUGACACCAGCUUCCAAGAAGCAGUCAAGAGCAGUCAUGGAAAGAGAGUGCUCCUACAACCAAUUGGCGGACAUUUGGUUGACUCUACCCCAGGAGGGCGGCCUUUAACUUCUUCCUCUGGGUCUCGUACUCCCAUGCCGUCAUCAGUAAGUCGACCAGUGACUGCAACAGUGCAGCAGAGUGGAGCACCUCGUCCAAUGUCUGCGAUCAGUGCUGCGGGUUAUUCCUCCUCACCCACACGAUGCCCAGCAUUCGAUUCUCUGGGCCAGUCCAGAGGUCUCGCACCCCCGCUGGAGGAAAAAAAGGAAGACACUCCCGAGGAAAAGAUAAAGCUGUUAGAGAAGAAAGUCAACGACUUAAUCACAGAGAGCUGCAUGGCGCACAGCAUGGGCAACUCACAACUGGCUCUGGAGAAGGCAAAAGAGGCUGAGAGGAAGGAAAGAGCGCUGGUGAGACAAAGGGAGCAGUCUGGAAGCACGGAUCAAAUCAAUUUGGAACUCACCUACUCUGUUCUGCUCAAUCUUGCUAACCAGUGUGAAAACAACGAGAUGUACCCGGAGGCCUUGAACAACUACCUAGUCAUCAUUAAGAACAAGAUGUUCACCAACGCAGGGCGCCUAAAGGUGAAUAUGGCCAACAUCUGGGUGAAGCAGAAGAACUACCCCAAGGCCAUCAAGUUUUACCGCAUGGCUCUGGACCACAUCUCGGACGACUACAAGGAGAUGAGGAUCAAGAUCAUGCAGAACAUCGGCACCGUCUUCAUGCUGCUGGGCCAGUACUCCGAAGCGGUGGCGUCCUUCGAGCACAUCAUGAGCAACAGCGCCAACGUCAGGACCGGCUACAACCUGGUGCUGUGCUACUACGCCACCCGCGACACCGAGGGAAUGAAGAACGCCUUCCACAAGCUACUAGCCGUACCCUUGGACGUGCAGCACGAAGACAAGUACAUCGCAGCUAACGAUGAUAUCAGAUCCAACAUGUUGAUGGAGGCUAUCAAAAACGACAAACUGUACCAAAUGGAAAGAGACUUGAAAGCUCGGGCUGAGAAGUACGUGAUGACUGCAGCCAAGCUCAUCGCUCCGGUCAUCGAGUCGUCUUUCUCCGCCGGAUUUGACUGGUGCGUAGACUUGGUGAAGAACUCUUCGUAUGCAGAACUGGCCAAUGACCUGCAGCUGAAAAAGGCCAUGACCUUCUUCAGACAGAUGCACUUUGACCAGGCCAUGAAAAUCCUGAAAGAAGUCGCUAAGCAGGACAGCAAAGUCAAAAGCGCUGCUGCCAACAACCUCUCCAGCCUCUUCAUCCUGGAGAAGGACUACGAGCAGGCGGAGCGUUACGCCGACCUGGCCGUGAAUGCGGACCGCUACAACCCGGGAGCUUUCGUGUGUAAAGGUAACACUGAGUUCGUCAAGCAGGACUACGCCAAAGCGGCAGAGUUCUUCAAAGAGGCUCUAAGGAACGACUCCUCUUGCACCGAAGCGCUCAGGAACUUGGGUCUAACGUAUAAGAAGCUAAACCGUCUAGAGGAUGCGUUGGACUGCUUCUUGAAGCUCCAUGCCAUUCUCAGGGACAGCGGUGAGGUCAUGUACCAGCUAGCGGACAUCUAUGAACAACUGGAGGACCCCCACCAGGCAGUGGAGUGGCUGAUGCAGGUCAUCAGCGUGGUCCCCAACGACCCCAAAGCUUUGGCCAAACUGGGGGAUCUGCAUGACCUGGAGGGGGACAAGUCGCAAGCCUUGCAUUACUACUGCGAGUCCUUCAGGCUCUUUCCCUGCAACAUGGAAGUAAUCGAGUGGUUAGCCGCCUACUAUGUACAGACGCAGCUUUACGAGAAGGCCAUUCACUAUUUCGACAGAGCAAUACUUGUGCAACCCAACGAGGUGCGGUGGCAGUUGAUGGUAGCAAGUUGUUACAGGAGAAGCGGAAAUGGUCAAAAAGCUCUGGAAACCUACAAAGAAAUCCACCGCAAGUUCCCUGAAGAUGCCCAAUGUCUUCGCUUCCUGGUGCGGCUGUGUCAGGACAUGGGCCUCAAGGAAGUCCACGACUAUGGUAAAAAGCUCAAGAAGGUCGAGAAGAUGAAGGCUCUCAGAGAACAGAGAGCAAAAGCAGAACGAGAAGGAAGCGCAAGGAAUAAAAGGACCGACGCUGCUGAUGCCAACACUGAAAGCGUUCCCAAGGGCGAGCGUGCCAUGGCACCCGUGAUGUCACUUCCAGUCACCAGCGAGCCUAUUGAGAAGAGUGCCAGCCCAGAGGAAUUGGGUGAAUGGCUGCUAGCCCUCUCUACCAAUCUGAUCUGUGCUUAUCCUAAGCGAAGCGGCCAAUUUGUGUUUUUGCAGAUGCGUCCUACGUGGACCCGCUGGGCCCGCUUGCCGACCUGCCCCGGAUGGGCGCCAAGAAGCGCGUGGACGAUGACGUAUUCGCCGGAGAAGACCUCGGCGAUGAGCUGCUGCCUGAGUAGAAAACAAAAAUCACAUCAGGGUUGUGCAUAUACCUAAGUUGCAUUUAGUGAACAUUCAUUUGACACCAUCUGUAUCCAAAGAAUUACGUGAAUACAUGGACUUCACCAUCAGUUGAUGAGACAGCUCCUCCAGAGAUUGCGCCACGGCUUCCUGUAGGGCAGGCAUGUCCAAAGUCCGGCCCGGGGGCCAAAUGCGACCCGUGGUCAAAUUUCAUCCGGCCCCCAGCCUUUGUAAUAAAAUCAAUAACUCUGGCCCGCACACAGACUUCAUAAAUUGGUCAGCAGUACUGCUACCAGCAUAUGAAGUAGCUUACACACUAAAUGCUGCUCCUAAUUUACCCACUCAAAGGCAGCAGCACUCUAAGCAACAUUACCUUGUGUUACCCUUUAUUCCCCAUGUCUAAAAUGGCGACAAUCAACAAAAAAAAGUUGACUGUGACGGCCGACGCUUCAAGGAUAGGUGGAAAUUGGACUAUUUCUUCUCUAAAAUACGCAACAACUGUGUCUGCGUCAUUAGCAAAGAGACAGUCGCUGUUUUUAAAGAGUUCGAUGUAAGGCGAUAUUACCAAACAAGACACGCUGACAUGUACGACAAGAUUACAGGGAAGAUACGUAAAGAGAAAUUGAAGUAACUUGAAGCUAGUUUAAGUUUACAGCAGCAGUAUUUCGCAAGAGCCCGAGAGUCGAAAGAGAACGCAACAAAGGCUAGUUGAGAGAUUGUUGAAAUAAUUAAUUUAGGGCUGUCAAACGAUUAAAAAUUUUAAUCGAGUUAAUCACAGCUUAAAAAUUAAUUAAUCGUAAUUAAUCGCAAUUCAAACCAUCUAUUAAAUAUGCCAUAUUUUUCUGUAAAUUAUUGUUAGAAUGGAAAGAUAAGACUCAAGACGGAUAUAUACAUUCAACAUACUGUACAUAAGUACUGUAUUUGUUUAUUAUAACAAUAAAUCAACAAGAUGACAUUACCAUUAACAUUCUGUUGAAGCGAUCCAUGGAUAGAAAGACUUGUAGUUCUUAAAAGAUAAAUGUUAGUACAAGUUAUAGAAAUUUUAUAUUAAAACCCCUCUUAAUGUUUUCGUUUUAAUAAAAUUUGUAAAAUUUUCAAUCAAAAAAUAAACUAGUAGCUCGCCAUUGUUGAUGUCAAUAAUUACACAAUGCUCAUGGUGCUGAAACCCAUAAAAUCAGUCGAACCCAAGCGACAGAAGAAGGCGACAAAACACCAAAAAACACAAGUAACAAGUGGACAUGACACUGUGCUGUCAUUUUAAUCUGUUUGAGCAGGGCAUGUGCGUUAAUUGCGUCAAAUACUUUAACGUGAUUAAUUUUAAAAAAUUAAUUACCACCCGUUAACGCGAUAAUUUUAACAGCCUUAAAUUAAUUUAAAAAAUAAUAAAGCAAAUGUGACACACAGAAUGGCUUGCUAAAAUUUGCUUGAAUAUAUUGUUCUACGUAAAGGACGUCAGCCAAUGACGGCCCUCCAUAUUUUUACCACACCAAAUCUGGUCCCCUUUGCAAAAAAGUUAAGCCACCCCUGCUGUAGGGGAACGGGCUAGGCAGAGCGUCGUGGUAGCUUUCAGUGCGAUAACAAAACAAGUUGCGUUCUAAUGCCGGAUUUAGGUGGAAACAGGACAAAAGUUUUAGGGGAUACAAGCAGGCAGGAGUUUCUCGAGAGUGAUUUGGUCCAGGAUUCAAGGUAAUUAUUAUAUAAAAUAGCACCAUGCAUGCACGUUGAAAUUUGUGAAAAAUGAAUGGAAAAAAUUUGCGUAACUUUUGCUUGAAAUAUUUACGUAAAAUGAAUGAUUCCUAUCCGUUUUUUUGCUUUUUUUUUUUUUUUAAACCUAGAAUCUAGACUGUUUUACGUUCAUAUCUAUCAAAUUUGGGGAUUUGCGCAUUUAUUUACAAAAUUUUCAACUUAAAAAGCUCCUGAUUUUUUGACGGAUGCCGUGCUGGAUUUUGUAACCAUACACAAUACCAUAACUUUACGUUCAAAUAAUCAGGUAAUUUUCGGCCAACUGCCCAUUUUUUGGGCAAAAAACUAGUAAUUUAGACAUUUCUGCGCCCAUAAUAAAAAAAGCAAACAUAUUUUACAUGUUUUAUGUAACGUUUCAAUCUGAAAAUGAAAAGGGCCAGAUAGCUGGCAUAAGGCAACAGUGACAUUCAACCUAAAUAAGUUGUGAUUCUACAUGGAAAAAAGGCACAUUUUUCUUUUGUUGAGUAAAAUUAAGAUGGUUCUACUGUAUUUUUCGGACUAUUAAGUCGCGUUUUUUUUUUCAUAGUUUGGCUCUGGGUAUGACUUAUACUCUGGAGCGAAAUUAUUAACACAUUAUUAUAUCAUUUCACAUGUUAUUUUGGUGUUUUGGAGUGUCACUGAUGGUUUGGUAAAUUUGUUAGGAUAUUCUUUAUGCUAUAGUUAUCUGAAUAACUCUUAAUAGCUAUGUUACGUUAACAUACCGGCCACGUUCGCAUUUCGUUGUUCAUGCAUCAUGUAACAUUAUCAUACUGUACACUUAUUCAGCAUGUUGUGCUCUAUUGUAUUUUUACUUUAAAUUCCCUUUCAUGAUGACAUAUCUGUUCUAUGUGUUGGAUUUUAUCAAGUAAAUUUCCCCCAAAAAUGCGACUUAUACAUGUUUUUUUCCUCUUCGUUGGGCAUUUUAUGGCUGGUGUGACUUAUACUGAGGUGCGACUUAUAAUCCGAAAAAUACGGUACAUGCUUUCCUCAAGUAUUAAGUUUCUGAUGUGAAAAUUGAGUGAUUUAUUAGCUGUUGAAAACUUAUGUCAUAAAUGGCGUACCGCAAGCAACUCGUCACUUCCGCUCAUUAAUAUUCAUGACAUUAGCUACUGUUGCUAAGUAGGGACAAGCCACCGUUUGUCCCUAAUAGGAAAUGAAUGGAAAUCGUGUACGAAGGAGAUGUUUACAGAGCUAAACCUACCAAUUCUCUCCAAAAAUGAUGUGCCUGGUGCCAAAUUCACUGGCAAAGAUGUGGAAGAACAUAAAAAUGAUCAGUUAAAGAGAUCACUUGAGUGUCGAAGGCUGAAAAAGACGAAAAAAACGAGCUGACCUAAGUAUAGCCUCAGCUUUUUUAUCGACGCGACUGACAAAGGACAUUCUCCUGUUUCAACAAGCUAUCCUUUACCAUCAGCCCUGUCUUUCUUAUAUAUCCCAUGGUUGUCCUACGUCUCUGACCGUUUUUGGGGGUAAUUUAGUUAGCUUUGUGUAGCGAUGCUACUCAGUGACAGCCAACGAACACUUUUCAUUUUUACAUUGAUGACAAAUCUUAAUUCUAUAAUUUAUUUACACUUCCCCCAGAAACGGUAACAGUGGCAGUCAGGUACCAUUGUAAUUUUCAGGUAUUCAUUGUCAGACAGAAGCAGUACGGCGCAACGUUACGCUAAAAAAAUAAGUUAAAAAUAUAAAAAUGGCUUACCUCUUUGUCCUCUGAAAGACCAUGCCAACCCAACAAAAUAUUUACUGCAUAUGAAAUGUGAAUGGAUUCACCGAGCUGGUGUUAAAGUCUGCGCAAGUUGAUUCGGUCUUCACAUCUUUUCCUCCCGAGUUUUUGGUUUCCGGAAACGUAUGAAGAAAACAUCAUGUGUCGUAAUGUCUAGAGUUGUUUCUACAAGUUCCAAAAAAGCAAUGCGUGAUCGGCAUGUUCGUUUUUGAAAGAUUACCGGCAAAAAGUAGCACAAAUUACGUUGUUUCUAUGUGAGGGCGGGUCUAUAAUGUCCCACUUCUUGCCUUACGAUGCGACGUCAUGGUCUAAAAAUAGCAUGCGUGCAGUACGCCAUUGCACUAAAUAAAAAGUUAAGUCGCUAUUGCGGGCAAAAAAAUAUAUGUUAAAUAUUGCUAUUGAUCCUGAAAAUAUAAGGGACUAUCUCUGCAUUUGGUGAUUUUUUUUUUUUUUUUUGGUGUAUCUAGCGUCAAAUCUGAGUAGUUUAUAGCCCUUUUGAGUUUUUUUACACUUACAUAAAAAAAUAAUUGAGAUUUUAUUAGCGAACAAAUUUUUCGAUGCCGUUGCUCAUUGAGGCUCAUAUAUGCCUAAGAGAGGUGCCUGUUUUGGCUUUAGGUCGCUAGCUGCUUUGGUUUGGAAAAAAUUAGAAUUUUACGUUUUUUUUUUUUUUUUUUUUUACAUAGGCCCCCUACGGAACAGCCUGUGCCCCGUUUCCCGUCAACUGAUAGUGAAGUCUAUGAUGCAUAGUAGCAUGGUUUGCAAAUAGUCGUAGCAAUGGAUUGGACCAAAGAUGUCAAUCAUGAGCAACUAAUACUUUGUAAAUCAAAGGACCCAAUGUCAGAGCCUUUCUAGCCUAUCACUCACAGUCUAUAUGGCAUCUACCUUAGUUUGACGUACAAACCAAAUUUCCAAAGUUCUAUAAAUAUAAAAAUUCUAUGUUCCAAGUUCUAUUUUGAAUACAAUAUUGAAAUUUCACAACAUUGCAUUGUUGUUUUUUGUCUGCAAUUUGUAGAUGACCGUAUUUCAGAGCCAGUUUUUGCAGAACUUGCAACACGUGCAGCACAUUCAAACUUUUUCAUCUGUAAUAAACACCAGCAUCUCCACAGUACGGGUAAAAUAUGAGA